UCAUGUAAAAAGAAUCUGUUGAGGUACAUGAGGACACAUACAAAGGAGAAGCCAUACAGCUGUGAGAUUUGCAAUAAGGCCUUCUCUGAGAGAGGUAACCUGGUAGCGCACAUUAGAGUACACACCAAGGAGAAACCAUACUGCUGUGAGAUUUGCAACAAGGCCUUCUCAUAUAAAGGUAAUCUAGAGAUUCAUAUGAGAAGGCAUAGAAAGGAGAAGACAUACAUAUGUGAAAUUUGCAAUAAGGCCUUCUAUUUGAAAAGCCAUUUAGUAAGGCAUAUGAGAGUGCAUACAAAAGAGAAACCAUACAGCUGUGAGAUUUGCAAUAAAAACUUCUCACAAAAAUCUGUUCUAGUAACCCACAUGAGAGUACACACAAAAGAGAAGCCAUACAGCUGUGAGAUUUGCAAUAAGGCCUUCUCAUACAGAGGUGAUCAAGUAAGCCACAUGAGACUUCAUACACAGGAGAAACCAUAUAGCUGUGAGAUUUGCAAUAAACACUUCUCAAAUAUAUCUAACCAAAAACAACAUAUGAGAGUACAUACGAAGGAGAAACCAUACAGCUGUGAGUUUUGCAAUAAGGGUUUCUCACAGAAAUCUAGUUUAGUGAGACAUAUAAGAGUACAUACAAAAGAGAAGCCAUACUGCUGUGAGAUUUGUAAUAAGGCCUUUGCUUUGAAAGGUAAUUUAGUAAAGCACAUGAGAGUACAUACAAAGGAUAAGCCAUAAGCCAGAUGCUUCUUAGAUAUUAAAAGUUAUCUUUUUCUGAUUUGUGCUGUAUAUGUUAUUCUUGAUAUGUAGUUUUGUCAAGUUUGAUCAAGUUUUAAUCGAUAUUACUUGUGUUUUAGUCUUCAUUGCCUUUUUAUCCACAUGCACAGCCAUCACUGACCGGGGGUGAUUAGAAAGAUGGCCACGAAUGUCCACAAUGUUCAAAGAAGAUGCUUCUCCCGUCAUCAAUAAAGUCACAGAUGUGGAAGACGUUGGCUGAUUUAUACACAAGUGUUCUGACUUCUAGCAUGAUUUUAGAUCAAGAUUACAGGAGGAAACUUCUUGUA